UCUGUAGGUUGGAAAGAAAGAAAGUAAGCUAUAUUGGCUUACUGAAAGUAUCUACCUCGCGUCUGGACGAGUAUCACUGAAAUGGAAAACGGUGCAAAUCGAGACAGGUCUCCCCUGAGGGAUGAUGAGGAUCGCAAGGGGGGUAUGAUGGGGAGAAGGGAUGGAGGAAUUCGUAGACGUGGUGGUGGAAGUGGGAGAUCAUCUCAUGACAGACGUAUCUAUGUUUCUAAUGUCCCAUUUGACUACAAGUGGCAGGAUGUUAGGGACCUUUUCAACAAGGAAGUUGGGGGUGUGACUCAUGUGGACAUGUUCUUUGACGAGAAGGAUCGGCCCCGAGGCUGUGGAACAGUAGAAUUCCAGGAUGAGGAGUACGUUGAGAAAGCAAUUGAAAAAAUGCACCGUUAUGAGCUCAAGGAUCGCAAGAUCGUUGUCAAGCGUGAUUAUGAGUGUGAGAGAGAUCGAUAUGGUCGGUUAUUGAAGGAGAAUGACAGAGAUGGAAGUCCACCUCGGGGUCCAAGAGGAGGCGAUUUUGUACGACGGCGGGAUGAUAGUAGGGACCGAAGGGAUAACCUUGGCCAUCCUCACAUUCGAAAUAUAUCUGCUGGUGGAGACCCAGCUGCGAAGUUUGGUAACACAUAUGGUUUGAGUGUAGCCUUCCUGGAGAGCCUCCACAUUGAUGGACCCCUCCUCAAUCGUGUGUUUGUUGCCAAUUUAAGCUAUGAAGUGGAUGAAGCCAAGCUCCGGGAGGUGUUUCGACUUGCAGGGAAGGUAGUCAAUGUGGAACUCAACCGGGAUAAGGAUGGGAAGAGUAGAGGGCAUGGAAUCGUUGAAUAUGAUCACCCUGUUGAGGCUGUCCAGGCCAUCUCCAUGUUCCACGAGCAGGUGCUGAUGGACCGGAAGAUGUCUGUCCGUAUGGACAGGGUUAGGCAAGAGCCUGGGGGCCUUCCAUCAAAGCUACCUCUUGGUCUCAAGAGCAUUGGGAUGGGUCUAGGUGCAGGGGGUGCUCCUUUACAAAAUGUUGCCAGCAACCUACCAUACCAGAAUGCUGGUGCAGGUCUUGGUCCAGGUGUGACAGGGAAUUACUCUUCUGCAGCUCCUGUUCCCCCUCCUUCGGCUCCUGCUCCUUCUGCAGCAGUUGGUGCUUUGGGCCUGCCAGGUGGGAAUCUCUCUAGCCUGGCUGCUCUGACGCAAGGGGCUGGGGGGUUGGGAUUGUUGAAUGCAGCAAAUCCAGCAGUCCAGGCCCAGUUUAGCCUGGCUGGGCUUUCCGCAGGACAGCUGAGUUCCCUCGGUGCAAUUAGCAGCAAUGACCUCAUGGCUUCCCAGGCUGGUCUCAUGGGUCUAACAGGCAAUCCCUCAACCACAGGGUUGGGUCUCCUUGGAAGUGGUCCCAACAAGCCUAUGGUGGGAUCUAACGUGGGACCACGUCCUGGUCCAGCGGGUUCACCUGGGUCUAUGGAUCGCUACAGUCAAGGACCCAUGCAGAUGUCAGGAUCUCAUGGGAUGUCCAGGACAUCCACUGGACUCACCCAGCGCAAAGUCUCCGAUACUGUCAUCAUCCGCAAUUUGCCACCCUCUUUUUCUUGGCAAAGCCUGAAGGACAUGUUCAGGGAUAUUGGCGAUGUGAAAUUCGCCGAACUGAGGGAAAAGGGCACAGGGAUGAUUCGAUUUGCGAGCGAGAGGGAUGCCGACCGAGCUGUCAGUAUCCUUUCCUGA